GGCCUAUUGCCGAUACUAGCAACAUUUUAGCGCUGACUACCUUCGCUUUGUCGUAACACUUUACCGUUACUAUUUUUUUCAAAAUCAAUACAAUGAUGCAAAACGAAAAUGCGGCUCCUAAACUGUAUGGCAAGGUUUAUUUUUACGUAAAAAAAAGCAGAUCAGAUUCCAAAACAGAAUCUGUUGGUACUCCAAAACACGAAGAAAUUAGAAAGAUUGCUCUUCCUCAAUCUUAUGACGAGUUUUAUAAUCAGAUAAUGCUUAGUCUUGCAAAGGACUCAAAAGUCAGUCACCAUCUCAGUGACUCUGUGUUACCUUUAAAGACCAAUUCAUGCAUUGAAAAGAAGAAUAAUAUUAUUCUUAAAUACCUAAGUAGCGAUGACUCUUGGAAAGAGUUUUCAUCACAAUCUGAGUAUGGUGAAGCACUGACGCUUUGUCAAAAUACCAAAAUACAUUGUUUGCGUAUUAGGGUGUACUAUAAGAAGAACUUGUUUAAUAGCAAAUCAAGUUCUAAAUCCAAAAAAUCCAAUACCUUAGUUUCUCAAACUUAUCAUAAUCUCACUGUGUGUUCUGAUUUUGAAGAGCUUCAACGAUUACUUCGUGAACAUGCCAACUAUUCCUUUACCGAAUCAUCUUCCAGUACUUCUUCCCCUAAUUCCUCACCAACCGAAUCCAAAACAGACCAAUUUUCCCUGCUGGUUUGUUAAUAAAACAUGUACAUAUUUCGAGUU